UCUGCAUAGAAAGAUGGGACUUUUAUUCAAAGCUUAUAAAAGGGUCUUAAAGAGCAUAAAUGAAGAUAGUGACACAAGCACAGGUGCAAACAUAUUUAAGAGGGGCGCAUCAGAACUUUCGAGUGAAGAAACAAUAAAUAUGGAAAGGGACUUUCAUAACGAGGAAUCUUCAACUUAUUGGUUACCGAAAGAUCCUGCAGAACAACUUAGAUUAACAGGUCAACAUUUCGCAAUUAAGGAACUUUAUCAAGGCAAUAUCCUGAAGAAUGUCCGUAAAAAGCUCGAUUUUAAGAAAGGAAUACGCGUGUUGGAUGUUGGGUGCGGAUCUGGUGCAUGGAUUAUGGACAUGGCAACAGAAUAUCCAAACUGUGUAUACGAAGGAUGUGAUAUAGUGGAAGUGACCAAUAAGCGAGUAUCAUUGCAACAAGUUACAUUUCGAUAUGGUAAUGUAUUGGAUCGACUCCCUUUUGAAGACAAUUCGUUUGAUUUUGUUCAUAUGAGACUAUUCGUAUUGGCACUCAAGGUGAAUGAAUGGCCCAUUGCUAUCAAUGAGAUUUUACGUGUAACAAAACCAAGAGGUAUGAUUCAACUGGUAGAAUUUGAUCUCAAGAUGACGGGAAAUGAAGUAGUUCAGCAGGUUCUAACUGGAAUCCAUAGUGCAUGCGAAGCUAGAGGGCAGGAUCCUCGCAUUGCUUUACAGCUGGAAAAAUUAGUCUCUGAAAACAAGCAAGCCACGUCAGUUCAAUCGGAUUAUCGAUCUGUUGACAUGGCAUCCAAUACAAAAGCAGCAAAGAUGUUUGUUUGGGAUUGGAUAGAAACUACUAAAAGUAUGCUUCCUGUCAUUUCAUCAAAGAUGGGUCUUGAAACUGAAGAGGAACAGAAAACCUAUCUUGAGGAACUAAAAUAUGGCUUAACUCAUUCAAAUUCUUUCACUUACAUGAAUGUUGUUACCGCAGAAAAAAUCAAUAAAAUUCAGGACUAAACUCCGCUAAGAGUGACUGAUUUUAUCAAAAGUAACAUUUGAAGGGCUUCCCCCUCUCCUUGUCUCUCUCUCUUUACCUUUUAGAGAAAUCAGCCAUGGCAAAGAAGGCAAAAGCUAGAGUCAUUCUUGUAAAGUUAUUAUCUACAGCUGGUACAGGAUACAACUACAUUAAAAGUCGUCCAAGAAUUGCACCCAAGUUGUCCUUGAUGAAAUAUGAUCCUAUGGUAAAACAACAUGUUCUGUUCACAGAGACUAAAAUGAAGAAAUAAUAUUGAAUUGUACAUACAUAAAUCACAUUAAAUGUCACUUUUACCAAGUUUAUAACGUGCGCCCUUGAAUAUGCCUUUGGUGCAUCCUUUGUUAUUUACAGCUUCAAAUAGCUCACUAUAGUUAUCUCAAUACAUGUUCCUGAAAUACAUAAAGUAAACCCAGG